GACGACAGCAGAGCAAAAAUGAACGAGAAGGAUGGGGCGUGGUUGGAAUUCAAAUAGGAUCGCCGCGAUGGCCACUUGAUUGAGUAUAAAAAGGGCGCGCGUUGCUUCACGGAUUAUCAGUUUGCUCUGACCAACACACACCUCCACAUCAAACAUGCAGUUCCUCGUUGUCUUCGCCGCCGUCGCCGCCGUGGCCUCUGCCGGAACCAUCGUUGCCCCCUACAGCACCGUGGUGCGCGCCCCCGCCUUCGACAGCGCCGUCAUCAAGUCUGACCGCAUCGGAGGCAACUUCGCCUACAGCACCGCCGAGAACCACGCUUACGCCGUCAACACCCCCAUCGUCCAGAACGUCGCCACCCCCGUCGCCGUCUCCUACUCUGCCCCCGCCAUCGCCGCCGCCCCCCUGGCCUACAGCGCUCCUCUGGCCUACGCCGGCUAUGCCCAUGCCUACCCCGCUUACGCCCACGCUGCCGCCCCCGGCGUCCUGGCCCUGUAAAUUUUUUCCCGCCAACAUUAAUUUGACGGUGACUAAUUAGUUGACGACCGUCGCUUCACAAUUCCCGGACAUUUGCUCAAGGUUACGGUUAGAGAUUUUGUCAGCCGGCAUUGGUUGUGCGCAAUGUUUUGCACGCAAGCCGUAUGUUUUUUUUCCGACACGGUUCGGUCUCGAAAUGAAGGUGCCAUGAUAUGAAUUUACCUUCCAAAGGUUCUCUCUCACACAUACUGCUAGGUGGUUCCUCAGGCACAAUACCUUUCUGAGAUCUGAAUAUUACAAAAAAGAAAAAUUGUCCAUCAACACCAUUUAAUUUAUGACUAUAGCUUGUACAAAAUAAAGACACGAAAGAACUCAUGGUGAAAUAA